AUGGACCCAAAUUCCACUCCCAGCGACUCAGAAUCUGCUGAUAGCCAACUAGGACAAAGCCCAGGCGGCUUUAGCCCUUCUGAAGAACGUGUUGGACAUGGAACUCCCUCCCCUUCGGAACCCAACCUAAACGCUGGGCGGGAUGACGAGCCUGUCGCCCCAGAAACCCCCCAGCCUCAGCUUACUGACGGGGCACAGCGGAUCGCACCGCCUCAAGAACCCAACGCUGCCGUGGCCGUUCGUGGCACAAUGCACUUUCAAAUAGACGACGAAGAUAUGAGAUUGCGGGAUGCGGGGGACCACCCGGGCAUGCGUCCGGAGGCUGUAGCAUUUGUCCGCCAGCUUCGGGCCACUUCAGAAGACAACAUGAUCACGCCGGUACAAGCGUGGCAAGAAAUCCUGCAGUCUCUCCCCUCUGGAGAACGAAUCAUUUUCGAAAACUUUCCCGAGGCCACUAACAGAGUUAUCCAGCGGCUUAUCAACCAGACGGACCCUGUCCGCCUCGACACCUUACUCGAUCGCCUGACCAACACAAACCUGACAGCUUUGUUAUCAGAUUCUCCUCAGACUGACUCCAUAAAGUGCACGGUCUGUUUACAGGAAUACGUCGAAGCCGAUGGUGUUGUGGUACUACCGUGCCACCCAUCGCAUCACUUUCACCGGGCCUGCAUUCAUAGCUGGUUGCAAGCUUUGCAUCCCAGACCUCCGACGUGUCCAAACUGCCGGGCAUUCAUUCCGUUUCAAAUCUAA